AUGACCCCCUGCAUGGCUGCAUUUCUGAGAGUUCAUGGUAAUGAAGGUGAUUAAUUAUAGCUUAAUCAGACCUAUUUCUUGAUCAUGCCAGGUGGAGCUUAAUUUAUAUCCCUGACAGUGCUGGUCCAAGUUACAGGUAUGUCGCCUGCUGGUGUGCCAUAGUCGAAAUAAAAUAAAAUAAAAUUCCUUCCAGUAGCACCUUAGAAACCAACUAAGACUCUUGAGAGUCCCAUGGACUGCAAGAAGAUCAAACCUCUCCAUUCUGAAGGAAAUCAGCCCUGAGUGCUCACUGGAAGGACAGAUCCUGAAGCUGAGGCUCCAAGACUUUGGCCACCUCAUGAGAAGAGAAGACUCCCUGGAAAAGACCCUGAUGUUGGGAAAGAUUGAGGGCACAAGGAGAAGGGGACGAUAGAGGACGAGAUGGUGGGACAGUGUUCUUGAAGCUACCAGCAUGAGUUUGACCAGUUCUGGGCACCACAGUUCAAGAAGGACACUGACAAACUGGAACGUGUCCAGAGGAGGGCAACCAAAAUGGUCAAAGGCCUGGAAACGAUGCCUUAUGAGGAACGGCUAAGGGAGCUGGGCAUGUUUGGCCUGGAGAAGAGGAGGUUAAGGGGUGAUAUGAUAGCCAUGUUCAAAUAUAUAAAAGGAUGUCACAUAGAGGAGGGAGAAAGGUUGUUUUCUGCUGCUCCAGAGAAGCGGACACGGAGCAAUGGAUCCAAACUACAAGAAAGAAGAUUCCACCUCAACAUUAGGAAGAACUUCCUGACAGUAAGAGCUGUUUGACAGUGGAAUUUGCUGCCAAGGAGUGUGGUGGAGUCUCCGUCUUUGGAGGUCUUUAAGCAGAGGCUUGACAACCAUAUGUCAGGAGUGCUCUGAUGGUGUUUCCUGCUUGGCAGGGGGUUGGACUCGAUGGCCCUUGUGGUCUCUUCCAACUCUAUGAUUCUAUGAUUCUAUGAUUCUAUGAUUCAAACUGCGGGAGGCAGUGGAAGACAGGAGAGCCUGGCGUGCUCUGGUCCAGGGGGACACGAAGAGUCGGACACAACUAAAUGACUAAACAACAACAACAAAGUUUGUUAUUGGCAUGAGCAUUCAUGUGCAUGCACACUUCUUCAGAUACGCUGAAACAGAAGUCACCAGAUCCUUAUAUAUAGUGGGGGGGUGAUUGGCUGAUAGGUUUGGUAAACCUGUUGAUGACUGUUAACGACUGUAAUUGGUGUUACAGGGAAAAGCAAGGGGUGAGAUUGGUAAAAACAGCUUUAUCAUGUAUAAUGAGAUAAUGAGAUUCCUUUGUUAAUUGCUCCCUUGUUUUAAUUUUCUAAUCUCCUUGAUAGAAUUCUCUCAGUUCUUGGUAUGUUUUCCAUUUCUCUUUGCCUGUCAUCUUUUUUUUGCAGAAAUAUGCUUGCUGUGAAAUCCAUAGAGGUCUCCUUUGUCACAGCCUAGGUCUGUAUUUAUUCCAGAUUCUUAAUAUGGCACUUCUAUUACAGUGAUUUUUUAAAGUCCGCAUGAACUUUAACUUUAUCAUACCACAAAUAAAUAUGCUAUCCAAACGUUAGGUCCUUUCCUAUCUCCAAGAACUUCUCAUUUCUCAGUGCCAACCAGUCCUUCUUCCACAUUAAACAACAGGCUACAAAUUGCAAUUUCAGAUUUGUUACACCCAAUCUCCCCCUUUCCUUUGCAUCUUGUACAAAUUUGUUUAACACGUGGUUUCUCCCACCCCUUGCCAUAAAAACCUGGAUAAAUAUUUUUGGCCAUUGUUUAAACAGUAAGUCAUUAGCUAGAACAGGUAUUCUAAGUUCAAAUUCUAACAUCAAAGAGAGUAUGACAAGUCUGUGUAUUAGCUCCCUUUUUGUAUAAUAUAUAUGUAAAUGAUGUCAUACUUGAACUUAAACGAUCAAAAUACUUUCCUUCCUUGGUUUUAUUCCAUAAAGUACAGUGGUACCUUGGGUUAAGUACUUAAUUCAUUCCGGAGGUCUGUACUUAACAUGAAACUGUUCUUAACCUGAAGCACCACUUUAGCUAAUGGGGCCUCCCGCUGCCGGAGCACGAUUUCUGUUCUCAUCCUGAAGCAAAGUUCUUAACCUGAAACACUAUAUCUGGGUUAGCAGAGUCUGUAACCUGAAGCGUAUGUAACCUGAGGUACCACUGUACCCAUUUUGUUAUAUGGCAGGCAUGUCCAAAGUACGUUUUGGGGGCCUAAUCAACAACUUCAAUCCUUAAAAAAGUCAACAACUUUGGUUGGCCCUUUGGUUGGCCCUCAUGCAUGUUCACUUCAUCAAAUCUGGGCCUCUUUGAAAAAAGUCUGGACACCCCUGCAUGCUGAUGAUAUGGUUUCAUUAUCACAAUCACAAGCGGAUAUGAGGCGACUAUUAAAAUUUGGGGGCAAUGAUUUGCCACAAUGAAUAUUUGAGCAUAAAUCAUGCCAAUAGAAAAGUUGUAGUGUUUGGAGCAAGUCCUUAUAAACACAAAUGGUCAAAUAAUUGAGCAAGUGAGGCACUUUAAUUAGGUCUGGAUACAGUUUUCUGAUAGAGGCAUUUGGUCCCAUCUUAUGGCAGCCGCAGCUUUGAAGGCCUCAGGAUCCUCACAAGCAGUUCUCAGCUGCAGGAGAGAAGCCGUAACCAGGACAACUGCACAUCAGGUAAAACUUCUGACACCAUUUCUUUGCUCUUGUUCCUCCUUGAAGGGAGAGGCAAGAUGCCAGACCAUCCAUGGAAGAGAAUGCUGGACCCACCUGGCACUGAUUUUCAGCAGCUGGCCCGAUGUCAGACUUUUGAGUGGGGUGGGGAAAUUGUUGGUUCAGUGUGAAAGGUUUUUGGUCUAGGUAAGGGAUAGAGGUUUUGUUUUGAUAGGGUUGCCAUAUUUCAAGAAGUAAAAGUCCAGACACAAAAGGUUUGGGAAAUCAACAUCAAAGUUGAGGUUGAAAAACCAGACGUAUGGCAACCCUAAACCUAGAGCUCAUCAGGUAGCAAGUGACUAAUAGUUUUAAUGAACAAACAAAUAAAUAUCUGAAGAAGUGUGCAUGGACAUGAAAGCUCAUACCAAUAACAAUCUUAGUUGGUCUCUAAGGUGCUACUGGAAGGAUUUUUUAAAUUUUGUUUCAAAUAAAUAGAAGAUAGAAAUCAACAGUUUGGGAAAUUGUGGGAUGGAAUAGUGGGAUGGUCAGACCACAGUUGGAAUUCUGUGUCCAGUUCUGGGCGCUACGAUUUAGGAAGGAUGUUGACAAUCUGGAUCGUGUGCAGAGGAGGGCGACCAAGAUGAUCCAGGGUCUGGAAACCAAGCCUGAUGAGGAACGGUUGAAGAAGCUGGGUAUGUUUAGCCUGGGAAAGGGGAGACUGAGAGGAGAUAGGAUAGUCAUCUUCAAAUAUCUCAAAGGCUGUCACAUGGAAGAGGGAACUGCUCUGGAGUGUAGGACUUAAGGCAAUGGCUUCAUGUUGCAAGAAAGGAGAUUCUGAGUAAACAUCAGGAAGAACUUCGACGGUGGAAGGUGGUGGACUCUCCCUCCUUGGAGGUUUUUAAGCAGAGGUUGGAUGGCCAUCUGUCAUGGAGGCUUUAGCUGAGAUUCCUGCAUUGCAGGGGGUUGGACUAGAUCAGUGGUUCUCAACCUGUGGGACCCCAGAUGUUGUUGGACUACAACUCCCAUCAUCCCUGAGCUCUGGCCUUGCUAGCUAUGGGUGAUGGGAGUUGUAGUUCAACAACAUCUGGGGACCCACAGGUUGAGAAAGGCUGGACUAGAUGAACCUUGGGGAACCUUCCAACUCUACAAUUCUAUGAUUCUAUUAAUGAACUGCUGUGGUCUGGGAUAGUCACUUCACUCUUCGCUUGGUGACUUUUUGUCAUCUGGUGGAAGAGAGAGGUUGCAGCUCAGUGGUGGAGAAUCUGCCUUGCAUGUAGAAGUUCCCAGGUUCAAUCCCUGCCUAAAAACCCAAUGCAAGCGCUGCCUGUCAGCAGAAGAGAAGGGAAUCUGGCGCCCUGCAGAUGUUUCUGCACUGCAACACUCAUCAAGCUUGAACACUGGCCAUGAUGGUUCCUUCAUAGCUGGAGCUGUCGUGUGUGUUGUAUUCAGAGGUGGAUUUAGCGGAGCCUGGCAAGUUUGAUUGCACUGGGCACAGGGAUGCUGCAGGGGGGACCACAACUAUGAUGUAUAGUGAAAGAUGAGAGUUAUAAGGGCAAAUUGUGGCCUCCAUGGGGCGUCGCUAAAAUUUAAGACCCCACGGUCCAUGAUUGCUAUAUUUCAUUCUAUUUCCAGAAGUAGCUUUUAUGUCAUGUGAAUUAUAGAAAUGUAGAGUUGGAAGGGAUCCCAAGCCCCAUCUUGUCAGUUUGCAUUUCUUAGUGCAGAAAGUAUUGAUAAGAUGUGCAGAGAUCUUUUCUAUUCUACUUAAUUCAAGAGGGUUCUGGAAGCUUCUCUAUGUGAAAGAAGCAAGCAGAAGGUUCCUGAUGUUUGGGUUAUUCCUUCAGAGAAGCUGAGUACAACUGGCUUAGACUGGUUCUGUUAUUGAGGCAUCUAAAUUAGACUCAUGGCAUGCAUUUUUGUGAUAAGGGCAACACCCUGCCAUUUCUUAGUAUUUCUUGCAUAGAUCAACACCCUGCCAAUUCCUUGAAUUGCUUGCAUAGUCAUCACGGUACAGGAUGAGCCAUAAAAGGAGUUAACGGUAUUCGACAUGUGCCUUAUCGUUUUUAUCCAGGUAAAGAAGGGUGCUGUUAGAUUCUAAUUUGCUGAAUGUUCUCUUGCAUGUUAUGACGUAAAAAGUCCUAUAAAUAUUUGCUGAGCCCUGAGUUCAGGGCUCAGACUUUGGAAAUUAUUCCUCUGAGUCAACUUGCUAGCAAGUACCGUACUUUACAAUCAACUUUCUGAGUUUCUCCAUAGCGGCGUGGAGUUCUUUCUUUCAGCCAAUGCUAGUUUGCUACAUCAUCUCUUUCUGUCAAGGUCAUGCUGACUAUAAAAGUAGGGUUAGAAGGAGCCUGGGCUUCCCUUUCUCUUUCUAUCUCUUUUCCUUCUAUUGUGGUGUUCUGUACAUAGUAUGCUUAGUGUUAAAAUUUAGACUUAUUAUAACUUAUUGUAAGUUUAAGUGAAGUCUGCUACAACUGGAUUUCUUGUGGCCAGUGCCAAUCCUGAAUGUAUAUGGAUUUGUGAUCAGUAUGCUCAUUUGCCUUCAGUCGCAGUAAAGCUCUGCUGGAUGAAAUAAUAAUUGCCUCUGGUCUAUUUUUUUGGGAAUCCUGCAAUGUGUUUAAGUUAUUACUCUGCUAACAACACACUGGAAUCUGCUCUGGAUCAAUACUAAAUAGAAUUCCAUGAAACCCAAAUGCUGAAAAUUGGGAAUUUCAGCUAGAUUCAAAGGAAAAGAGAAUGGAAAUGAAAACUCAGUAGACAUUGGUUCUGAUGCAGUAUGGUAUUUAAUUUGGAACAGGUAGAAGGAAGGUACAAAGGGGAUGAGGAAGGGGAUGGAUGUCCACUUGUGGAGAAGACCAAACCAUACAGGGUGGAGUGAUGAGGAAGCAACAGUGAGGAACAGCAUGGGAAAAGCAGGCAUCUGAGCUGGAGACUGAGACCCUUGAAGACCCUAUUCAGAGAGCUUCCAGGAAACUCAGCUUAGAGGAAAACCUUCUGUUGUGUCCAACCAAGUCCUGCUCAUAGUAGACCCACUGGCAUGAAUGAGCCUAAGUUGGCCGUGUCCGUUCACUUCAUUGGGCUUACUCUGAGUAGGGCUAGUGUUGGAGGCAAGUCCUUUGCUCAGAUGCUUCUCGCGUAGGUGAGGGAGAAUUACCAUCCCCAGCCGCCACAACAUCUGCUGCUGCAGCAGUUGCCACCGUAGCCGCCAUAACCUCCGUAGCCUCCGUAGCCGCCACAUCUGUUGCCGCAGCAGUUGCCACCAUAACCUCCGUAGCCUCCGUAGCUUCCAUAGCCUCCAUAGCCGCCACAACAUCUGUUACCACAGCAGUUGCCACCGUAGCCGCCGUAACCUCCGUAACCUCCGUAGCCACCACAUCUGUUGCUGCAGCAGUUGCCGCCAUAACCUCCGUAGCCUCCGUAGCUUCCAUAGCCUCCAUAGCCGCCGCAACAUCUGUUACCACAGCAGUUGCCGCCGUAGCCUCCAUAGCCCCAUCCUCCGGAGCCACAGGGGCUGCAGCAGUUUCCGUAGCCACAAGUCAUCGUGCGGGUAGUGGUGGUGGAUUUGGAAAGCAAAGUACUGGGAAGCAAAAGGAGCCUGAUUAGAAUUGUGGCAUCACAAGGGAUUUCAAAGGCCAAGUAGCCCAAACCUCCUGGGUCAAUGCAGGGUCUCAAUAAAGGGUGGGUGUGGCUUUCGUAUGGAGCCCCCAGUCGUCUCACGGACUAUUGACCCAUACACCACUAAUCCGCUGCCACCAACCAGGUCCUCCAGAUAAAUCAUUUAGUUUCAGUCAGGUUCUUAAGUUAACGAAGAAGAGUAUAGUUUAUUGCAGACACAAAUGAACUUUAACUGCAUUCCAAAAGUUGUUACUCUUUACCUUCUUAUCCUUAUUUUUAUCCUGUCUCUAACUCUUCUACCUCCCCUCAAACAAGAACUAACUGAACUGUCUCUCUAAUUCCAGCUGCCUGCCAACUGCUUUUCCAACUGCCUUUCCCAACCAACCAACCCACUAAAGCCAACCAGCUACCCACUACCCAAACCUCAGGCUAAGCCCUUUUAUAAACAGGUAGGCUCCGCCUCCGGCUUUCCUAUUGGUCUACAUAUUAACCCUUUCUCUCCCCCUGUACAGACAUUUUCAAAUGAAUGGGCAAACACCACAGUGGGGAACCUCAGGCCUAAGGGGAGAAUGAGAUUGCGGCCUUCCAGGUCCCAGUGGUUAUGGGUGUCUAAGGCACAGGGUUUGGGUUUUGUGAGCCUUCUGAAAGGAGCACAUAAAAAGUUCAGAGAUCGUUAAAGCAUCUCGGCCACCAAACUGAUAAAUAAUGCUUCUAGCCCUCAUGGAAAUGGCUGUAUGCUUAAAAGGAGCCCAUGGAAAGCUCCUGACCCUUUCUAGAAAAUCCAUGGUGAUUAUGGUGAUGGUGAUGAUUUAUCUGCCCUCCACAUUAAGAUCCCAGGGCAGGUUACAACAUUAAAACAUAAUAUUAGAAAUGAUUUUCAACAAAAAAGAAGGUGUGUCCUAAAAAUGUGCACCUCAAGUGUCACAAGCCAGGGUAAAGAGGCACAUCUUCAGCCUUCUGCAAAGGCUGUUUCAUGAAGAUGCAAGACACACCUCUGUGGUGAGGGAGUCCCACAGCUUAGGGGCCACCACAGAAAAAGCCCUCUCCUGGGCUGCCACCCUCUGAACCUCUGGGGUGGAGGAACUAUCAAGAGGACCCUCUCUGCCAAUCACACCCGCUGAGAGGAUGUUUCUGGUAGGAAGCCGUGUUUGGGUAUGUGAGGCUUUAGUUGUUCGCUGCCAGACCUCUGCACCAUCUCUGUCCUUGAAUUAUCAUCAACCAAUUGAGUUGCCUCUCAUCCCAAAGAGGAAGUUCUUACCCCAACCUCCUACCCACUCCACAAACACUCAUGAAAGCCCAGGCUGACAUUUAAGGAACCAGUUUUUGUGCUUUCAUCUUGAUGUGCAUGGCUAUAAAUCCCAGAGAUGCCUUGUCAUUAGUUCUGCUUUAUAAGCAGAGCAGGCUGGGAGCAAAAGCUAAACAAGGCAUGGCUUGAGAAACCAAGUAAACACCCACAAAAUCUUAAACUUCCACCACCAGGACAGGAAAAGAGCCCUGUCUAGUUCAGUGUCGUGCUCUCACAAGGGACAACCUGGUUCCAGCGGGGAACGCACAAGCAGAGUCUCAGCACAACAGCACCCUUCUCUCUUGUGAGUCCCGAAACGCUGCUUCUGAUGGUGAAGGCAGAACAUACCCACCAUGGCUAAUAGCCCCUGAUAGCCUUAUUUCCCACCGAUAUGCUGAAUCCCCUUCUCAAGCCAUCCACGUUGGUGGCCGUCAUUACUUCUUGAAGUAAUGAAAUGAACUCAUGGUGCUCACUAAUGGUUUAUCCCCAGCCUUUGACAUAAGAUCUUCUACUGAGUCAGAACUUUGGUCCAUCCAGCUCAGCAUUGUCUAUGCCAGCUGAUGGUGGCUCUCCAGAGCUUCAGAUAGGGGGGUUUUCCGGCUCUACUGGGGAUGCCUUCUGCAUGAAAAAGCACACACCACGUCCCAUCCCCUAAGAGAAAGAUUCUAGUCCUCAUACUGGGAAUUGAACCUGGAGCCUUAUCCAUAACACCAUGAGAAGAGCCAGUUGGAUUAGGCCAAAGGGGCCCCAUUUAGUUCAGCAUUGUGUCCUCACAGUGGACAACCAGUUGCCACUGAGAAAGCUGCAAGCAGGACUUGAAUGCAACAGCAGCUCCCUACAGUUUCCUGCAACUGGUAUACAGAAGCAUAUUGUCUCUAACAGUGGAGGUACUCUGUUAAGAAUAAGAAUAAGAAUAGUAUUAUUUAUACCCCACUCAUCUGGUUGGGUUGCCCAAGCUGCUCUAUGUCCUGUGGCCCUUCUCCUAGAACUAUUUUUCUCCUAGUGAACACAUUCUUAAAACUGCAAUUCUAACAGCACAGAUCCAGAUUCAGAAUGUUUCCAAGCAGGACUACGUUACCUUGAUCUCUGAGGAGCUGAAGUCCAGAAGAGUGUUUGGAGGAACCCCGAGAGUUGAGGGCUUUUAUACCCGUUUCCCGAGCCACCUCAUGGGUAGGAAUGUGCGUGGCAUGACACCUGUUAGCAGCUAACUCAUACUUAACUCACACAUGCAUCACGGCUCAAAUUGCUGUAUGGGAACAGCGCUCCUGUUUAGGAACACCAGAGUUAAAAAUAAAAAUAAAAAUGAGGAUGUCCUCGUCCGUUCCCAAUGGUUCCGGUUGCUCCAUAAAUUUAUGGGCCUCAUUCCUUCCCAUUUAAUCAACUGUUUCCAUUGGACUCAAACCAGGAGUGCAGCCAGUUGGACUGGUUUCCUUCCGAAGCGUCUGCCCAAAUGGUCCACCACUGAGGGACAAGCAAAACAUGGCAAAAGCACGUGCUUAGCAUCCAAAUGUAGAAAAAAUAUGCUCAAGACGCUGAAGUCUAGGCCAGAUGCCACGUGUGUGUGUUUGUGUGUGUGUGUGUUCUGAUUUUGUGGUGUUUCUUUUCUUUCUUUUAUAAAGUUUUUAUUUCAUUUUAAUACACCACAUUAGUAUGUAUGGAAGUGAGAGCUGGACCAUCAAGAAGGCUGAUCACCGAAGAAUAGAUGCUUUUGAAUUCUGGUGCUGGAGGAGACUCUGGAGAGUCCCAUGGACUGCAAGAAGAUCAAACCUUUCCAUUCUGAAGGAAAUCAGCCCUGAGUGCUCCCUGGAAGGACAGAUCCUGAAGCUGAGGCUCCAAGACUUUGGCCACCUCAUGAGAAGAGAAGACUCCCUGGAAAAGACCCUGAUGUUGGGAAAGAUGGAGGGCAAAAGGAGAAGGGGACGACAGAGGAUGAGAUGGUGGGACAGUGUUCUGGAAGCUACCAGCAUGAGUUUGACCAAACUGUGGGAGGCAGUGGAAGACAGGAGGGCCUGGCAUGCUCUGGUCCAGGGGGUCACAAAGAGUCAGACACGACUAAACGACUAAACAACAACAAGAACAAAAAUACACCACAUACAAAAAGAAAAUAUGAAGAUACACAAAUAUCCGUCACCUCCUAAAAACUAAAAAGAAGAAGAAAAGAAAAAUAAACAACAACAAAACCAAUACAUUAAAUAUUACUCACAAUGCAUUUAACAUAAAAAUGACUUUUUCCUGUAUAGCUGACUUCACGUCUACUCCUUACUUCUACUUCUCAUCCAUUAUUCACUGCCAUAUUAUACCAUAUUUUGGCUUUAAUGUUAUUUAUUCUACCCUAGGUUUUCCAUCAGAUUUAAAACUCCUGCUGAAGUUGUUCAAAUGCUGCUUUUGUGAUGUUUCAAACUGCGAAGGCCAAAACAUCAAUGAUGAUUUGAAAGAAACAUCACCAAGGCAUAAACCCAGCAGAAAUAAACAACUGGCUUGCAAAUUAGGAGAUUUACGAAGCAUAUGCACGCAGAGCUAGGAAUGUGCGGUGGGCUGGUGAGAGGUUCCCCAUUUUUGUUGCAUUUCAAAACAAGAUUCCAGUCCUCAUGUGGUAUGAAGCUUAGAAAUGUAUUCACACCUCAGCCCCAACCCUCGCCAAGCCCUUUCCUUUGCACCCCCUUGGUUGCUAAAAUUAUAUACUGCCUAACUGUAAAAAGAACUAACUAACUAACAACCAAACCCUCACCUCAGAAUGGUUUGAACUGAAAACAAUUGUGUUCCAGUGGAGGUGGGAGAGAAGCGUUAACAAAACCAGUCUCCCUAUUUUCCAGGGACAGUCCUAGAUCUACAGAAGCCGUCCCGGUUUCUGAUUUGAUCCCAGAAUGCCCCGCUUUUCCUUAGGAUGUCCCUGUUUUCAUUGGAGAAAUGUUGGAAGGUAUGAACUCCAAAGCAUAUACAGACAUACCUCAAGUUGAAUGUGCUUCUGGUUGAGCACGUUUGAGUUGCGCACUGCGGCUACCUGAAAGUAAUGGAGCACGUUACUGUUUCGCCGCUCGCGCAUGCGCAGACGCUCAAAUGAUGUCAGCGCAUGCGCGAAAGCGGCGGAACGCGGCCCGCACACGCGCAGACCCACCGUCGCAUCUUGCAUUCCGUUCGGGAUGUGAACGUUGCUCCGGAAUGAAUCCUGUUCGCAUCCCGAGGUACCACUGUAGAAGCUAAACACAUACAAGACCUCCAUUUUCUUUUAGUUUUAAAUCAGGGGCCAGCAAACUUUUUCAGCAGGUGGCCGGUCCAUUGUCCCUCAGACCUUGUGGAGGGCCGGACUAUAUUUUGUUUUUGUUUUUGUUUUAAAUAAUUUUUAUUAAAGUUUUAAACAAAGAAAAAAGAAAAAACAACACAAAAAAAAAAACAAUACAAAAUUUAACAAUAAAAACACAAAACAUAACAAUUAAAAACAAACUCUCUUUUCCAUUCCCAAUUUUAAAUUACUUAUUUUCUGGACUUCCUCAUACCUCCCUCUUUUGUAUUCCAAUCUACAUUAUUUGUCCAGCAGUUUCUUUUCCACUUUUUAAACCCAAUCUUUAAUUUAAUAAAAUAUUAAAAUAUAUAGCUUCAACUUUUUUAAACAUAAUCCUUGUUCUUAGUGUCAUAUACCUUUAAAUUUUUCCCUUUUAUUAUCAAAUUUCCAUUUCUUUAAACAUCUUUAAUCUUGAUCUUUAAUCUUAAUCUAUCCUUAACUUUAACCUGUACAGCUGGAAACCACUUAUUUUCAAUCCAACAUCACUCUAACAUUCCUUAAUUUUGCAGUGUUUCUGAAGAUAGUCUUUGAAUUUCUUCCAGUCUUCCUCCAUCGACUCUUCUCCCUGGUCACGGAUUCUACCAGUCAUUUCCGCCAAUUCCAUAUAGUCCAUAAGUUUCAUCUGCCAUUCCUCCAGCGUGGGAAGUUCUUGUGUCUUCCAAUACUUUGCGAUGAGUAUUCUUGCUGCUGUUGUUGCAUACAUAAAGAAAGUUCUAUCCUUUUUUAACACCAUUUGGCCCAUUAUGCCCAGGAGAAAGGCCUCUGGUUUCUUGGGGAAGGUAUACUUAAAUACCUUUUUAAUUCAUUAUAUAUCAUUUCCCAGAAAGCCUUAAUCUUUGGGCACGUCCACCAAAGGUGAAAAAAUGUACCUUCAGUUUCUUUACAUUUCCAACAUUUAUUAUCGGGCAAGUGAUAGAUUUUCGCAAGCUUGACUGGGGUUAUGUACUUGACUGGGGUUAUGGCCGGACUAUAUUUUGGAAGAAAAGAAAUGAACUAUGCCCCACCAAUAACCCAGAGAUGCAUUUUAAAUAAAAGGACACAUUCUACUCAUGUAAAAACGUGCUGAUUCCUGGACCGUCCACGGGCUGGAUUAAGAAGGCGAUUGGGCUGCAUCUGGUCCCCGGGCCUUAGGUUGCCUACCCAUGUUUUAAAUAUAUGAUCCUUGUCAGCUGUGCAAUCCAGUUCUCAUGACUGGAUACUAUCGCUACUGAGCAACAUGUCAUCUACAGGUGAAGAUAGCAUGAAGCUCACCUGCAGCAACGUCUAAAUCAUGGGUUUUUACAUGAGUAGAAUGUGUCCUUUUAUUUAAAAUGCAUCUCUGGGUUAUUUGUGGGGCAUAGGAAUUUGUUCAGUUUUUUUCCCCUUCAAAAUAUAGUCCAGCCCUCCACAAGGUCUAAGGGACAGUGGACCGGCCCCCUGCUGAAAAAGUUUGCUGACCCCUGAAAUUGUCUGGAGCCUGUCCUUGGUGGCAAUGGGUGUUCGUUGACAUGAAUACGCACUGGAGGCUAGGUGUCCCGCUCCCUACAAACAAAGGAUUAACUUUCAGAGAACACACAGGAAUGGACUUGGAAUGGACAUGGAGGGGAGAUGCUAAUACCUUCUGGUUUUGGGUUUUUUUAUAAAAAAAAAAGUGGACCUCCCAACUGCCACACAAAAUUAGCAUUUUUUACUAGCCAGCUAGGUCUGUCACAGAUAAAUUGGGAAAACUAGAGCAGAAGAAGCCCACCUUCCAGCUUCCCACAACCUCCAACCCAUCACGACGUAAACUGGGGAGACUUGUGACACAUUCCGCUGUGGUUGAUGACCUCUUGCGAGGCUAUUAUACCAAAAUAACAUCAGAGCCCAUUAAGAUUGGGUGUCAAGCCAUAGAGGCAAUAAUAAUAAUAAUAACAGCAACAUAUUUCAAGCAUAUAAAACACUAAUGACUGUUUGUGGAGAGAUCUGGAAGCCUAUUGUCUGCUUCCCGGCUUCCCAGCACUACCAUCGAAUGAAGACGCAAAUAGAUGUCAUCAGUUUGCUGACCGUGUCAUCCUGAGCCCUAUGGUGCGGUCAGAAAGGGGAUGGUCAAAUCCUGAAGAUGAAUGGGAGGAGCUGGGGGGGAUAAUAAUAAUAAUAAUAAUAAUAAUAAUAAUAAUAAAUUAUUUAUUUAUACCCCACCCUCCCCAGCCAGUGCUGGGCUCAGGCAUAGCUGUCAACUUUCCCCUUUUCUUGCGAGGAAUCCUAUUCAGAAUAAGGGAAUUUCCCUUAAAAAAAGGAAAAAGUUGACAGCUAUGGGCUCUGGGCAGCUAACACCAGUAAAAUUACAGUAAAAACAUAAUAGAGGGGGGGAAACCAAUUUAAAAUACAGGUUAAAAAUACAAUUUAAAAUGCAGCCUCAUUUUAAUAGUAGCCCAUAGAUCAAAACCAUAAGGGGACGGAAACAUAAGGGUCAUACUGAGUCCAAACCAAAGGCCAGGCGGAACAGCUCUGUCUUGGUGUUUACUGUUGCAACAACUGUUUCCUCAAAAAUUAUCUUCUGUACCAUGAAAAUAAAUAAAAACAGUUUUUAAAGUGUUAAAGGGAAGGGAGAAAACAGUCUGGAAAACUGGCAAAGGACCAUGUGGGUUAUCUAUUUAUUUAAAUUCAUAAAAUUUUAUACACCAAUUGAUUUAAAAAAACAACAACUCAAAGCGGUUUUGAGAAAAGAUAAAGCAAUAAAAUUAUCACCCAUAAAAAUUAACAACAGUAAUUUAAGACUUUUGAAAAAUUAAUGCAACAACAGACUAAAAACAGAAUGAAACUUGCACCAACUUUUUAAACAGCUGGGUAACUUUGUCAAAGCGAACAAAUGUUUUUAGCAGCUGCCAAAAAGAGUACAGUGGAGGUGGCUGUAUGCUAUCAAUAGGCAGGGAGUUCCAAAGGUGCUGCCGUGGCAUUGGAAAAGUCUUGACUGGCUGGCUGGGCCCCCAGAGCGAGAGCGGUUUACGCUGCAACAUUGCAUUGCAUCUCUUUCAAACCCGCUGUGUCUCUUACCCAAGAAGAGCACAAAUGCACAUCCAGAGCCAGUUACCGUAUUUUUCGCUCUAUAAGACGCACCAGACCACAAGACGCACCUAGUUUUUGGAGGAGGAAAACAAGAAAAAAAAUAUUCUGAAUCUCAGAAGCCAGAACAGCAAGAGGGAUCGCAGCAGCAAUCCCUGUCAGGGAACUGACAUCGGAGCUAGAGGUGGAGGGAAGGCUCUCCAAUGAUGCUGGAGAAGGGCCCAGCCGGGAGAGAGGCAGCUCAGCAGCUGGGGAAGGAAAUCAGCGUAACACCAGGGAUAAAGGGGGGCAGAUGGGGGAAUCGGCGAGAGGGCUCCCAGACUCUUCACCGGACACCAGCGGGGAGAGCACGGGUCCUCCGCUACCCACGCCCUCCCUGCGCAGAAGACUUCCGCGCAGGGAGAGUAGGAGGAGACUGGGUGUCAAACAACUUUUAUGUUGGAAACGGUUUAAGAAACGCCCACUGACGGAUUCUGCUAGCGACUGAGGCAGCCACGAAGUGAAGGGCUGUCCAGACUGAAAGGUUUAACAAAGCAACAAAGCCAGGAGAGGCGGCAACUUAUGCACGAGCAACCCAUACUCUUUACAAAUCUCUUUUGCUGUUCUGGCUUCUGGGAUAGCUGCGCAGCCUGCAUUCGCUCCAUAAGAUGCACACACAUUUCCCUUUACUUUUAAGGAGGGAAAAAGUGAGUCUUAUAGAGCAAAAAAUAUGGUAUUUUGAGAAUCGUUGCAAUCAAUACAGUGGUACCUCGGGUUACAUACACUUCAUGUUACAUAUGCUUCAGGUUACAGACUCUGCUAACUCAGAAAUAGUACCUCGGGUUAAGAACUUUGCUUCAGGAUGAGAACAGAAAUUGUGCUCCGGUGGCGCAGCAGCAGGAGGAGGCCCCAUUAGCUAAAGUGGUGCUUCAGGUUAAGAACAGUUUCAGGUUAAGAAGGGACCACCGGAACGAAUUAAGUACUUAACCCGAGGUACCACUGUAUUAGUCUUUUAAAAGAAACAAGAGGGGAUGUCUAACAGCACAGUUCAAUAAUGGCCUAUGCAGAAAUGUCAGUGGGUUCUAUCUAAAAUUAGUCCUGAUCAGAGUAGACCCACUAAAAUUAACAGACUUGCGUUACUCAUGCCCAUGAAUUUCAGUGGAUCUGCUCUAAAUAGUACUAACUCUGAAGACAACCCAUUGAGUUUAAUGGGAUCUACUUUUAGGUCACCGGAGUGAUCCUAUUCUGGUGAUUCCAGCCCCCUGUCAGAGUGCAUCUGUUAGAAAGAAAUAAUCAUGAUAUCAUUGUGGUGGAGGGGAUUUCAUGAGGUUCUUCUGUUGCAAAGGAUUUCAGCGCUCCUUGCAAGCAUUCAUUAGUGGUUGCACAUGUCAAGCGAUCUUGGGUUAUGCCCCUAAUUUGUUCUUGCAAUUAUAUAACCCCAGAUUUAAUAACAGACUCAUUUGGAAAGCAGCAACAACAAAAAUGCAGUAAUUGCUUCACAGGUAAUUUCCCCCCAAAUGGUAAUGAUUUGUGACUCUCGAUUUGAUGGUUGCACCUGAUCUGAAUGAAGAUGAAACAGUAAUUGUUCUUUUUAUGAACACUUUAACCAUCAGGGUUUUUGCCCUUGCCUUUCCAAAGGACUGGAUUUGAAUUCUGGGGAUAGUGAUACCAUCUAUGCAAUCAUAACAUUUCUAAAUUAUACGUUGUUAUGUAGAAGAGGUUUUUCGUUUUUUAAAUAAGUUUUUCUUUUUUAAAAUUCUUAUCUAGCCAUGGAGGUCACACUGCUUCUGGAACACUGGCAGAAUCUGUUACAGUUUUAACCAUACGACUGGAUCUACGCAGAGAUACUUUAAUUCAUCAAAAAAUUAAGGUAGGGAAUAUCCAGAAGACUAUUGUAUUAUGAGGAGUUAGGUGAGAUGCCCUUCAAAUUUCCCCUUUUGAUGCUCUUAAAGCUGCAUCUAGGCUGAGACCUAGAUUUCGCAGUAAAUAAUGCCGCUCUGUCAAUUAGCGCUCUCUAAGAGUUAAUCACAGCUUGCUGGAAUCAGCGCUUAUUAUAGAAAGGCCACCUGAUGAAAGGAGUGAAGACGUGGGGUCAUGUAUCCUCAGACGCAUGUGGGUCAUAAGACAGCAGAGCAGCAUGGGAAUAUUAAGGCUGCGCCAUCCCUUUAUAGCCUGACAUUUGCUAUGACCUUUGUUAUGACCUUGCAGGACAUAAACAUAGACAAGGCCAUGGGGAGGUGACCCCAACCACAGGUGAUGACGUGUUCUCAGCACUCCCGGGUAGUAUUUAAGGCUUCAGUGAGAACAUCUCAGUGCAGACCAGUGCUGAACACUGUGGUGAAAUGGUUGGUUUUGCUGGACUGGUUGGAACAACAAGCACUGGCGGAGGAACGGGAGUGCGGAGGGAGUGGACCGCUCCCGGCACCACUAUUCCGGUAGGGUGCCAUCGCAGUGGCCACCCCGGGCACGCUCCAUGCACCCCCCUGCGCUCGCCGGACACCACGCCCCCACAGGCAGCGCACCACGUCCACAGAACACGCACCAUGCCCUGUGGGCGGUGCGCCACGCCCCCGAGGCAUGCGCCACACCUCCAGGGAGCGCAAGCCACGUCCCCGCAUGUUCUCCACCCCCGGUAGCGUUUCUUUUUUUCUGUCUUUCCCUGCCGGCAAAUGGUUAAUGAACGGCAGCCUCUGAUUGGCCGUGAUUCCAGGAGGGAGGGUUUAAAAGGAGAGGAUUUGAAGAGAGACAGGGAGUUGAGAGGGUUGGUUGAAGUGGGUUGGAAUUGAGGUUGGAGCAUAGCUGUCAACUUUUCCCUUUUCUUGCGAGGAAUCCUAUUCGGAAUAAAGGGAUUUCCUUUAAAAAAGGGGAAACGUUGACAGUUAUGGGUUGGAGAGGUUGGGAGAUAGAAGGGAGACAAGUUAGAAGACAGGCUGAGGUAUAAAGAGUGAAUGGGGGAAAGAGUUGGUUCUGGAAAGACAACUUCCACUCUAAGCAUAUUGUGAAGGACAGAGUGUGGUGCCCUGUAGGAGGAAUAGACUGGAAUCUUACUGGGAGGCAGAGGCUGAGCCAGGAGAAGUAGGAGAGGGAAAGGAACAGCCUCCUUGGGACUCAAAUAUACUCUGGAGGGGGAAGAUUCUUCUAAGGAAAACAAGAAACUCCCAAACCCAGUGAAGGAUGUGUUAACAGAGGCAAUUAGAGAUCACACUAGACAAGAGUUUCAAAAAGCAUGGGGGAAAUGCAGAGAAUACUUCACAAAACAAUGCCCUAAAAUACAUACCUGGACUUGUUUCGAUUAAUGUCUGCAGGAGACUUUAAGUUAAAAUUAGAAAAACCUUAAUAAUUAUUCAUAAAGGAAACAGCUUAUAAGAAGUAAAUAUGGAGGCCAGAUACAGGAUAAAGGAAGUCUUUUAUUUGGUUGUUUGUAUUGUUGUAUGUUGGUACGUGGGUGGCGCUGUGGGUUAAACCACAGAGUCUAUGACUUGCCAAUCAGAAGAUCGGCAGUUCAAAUCCCCAUGAUGGGGUGAGCUCCCGUUGCUCGGUCCCUGCUCCUGCCAACCUAGCAGUUUGAAAGCAUGUCAAAGUGCAAGUAGAUAAAUAGGUACCACUCCGGCAGGAGGGUAAACGGCAUUUCCGUGCGCUGCUCUGGUUCGCCAGAAGCGGCUUAGUCCUGCUGGCCACAUGACCAGGAAGCUGUACACUGCAUCCCUCGGCCAGUAAAGCGAGAUGAGCGCCGCAACCCCAGAGUCAUCCACGACUGGACCUAAUGGUCAGGGGUCCCUUUACCUUUACCUUUACCUUUAUUGUUGUAUGUUAUGCUCACUGUAUGUUACGUUCACAUUUAAUGAGGGUGAAUUUGUGUAUUGGGGGUGGGGGGUUUAUGUUAUGUUGUAAAUAAAAUUCCAAUUUUUUUUUUAAAAAAAUCCUAGCUAAAAGCCGGAGCAAAUGACAGAUGGAGGGAGGCUACAUAUGAGGCAGUGGAGGACAGAUGCCAGAAUCUGAGAGGGCAUCUAUUGGUCUCAUUUAUGUUCCUUUAAAUUCCAGCAGGGGGCACUCUCAGACCUUUCACCUCCUUCUUGUGGAAUAACCAGUGUGAUAAAUUCUCUACUUGAUUAGUUGAUGGAGAAGGGAUCUCCCUAACUGACUUGUUUUUGGUUUGGUUUGGUUUUUAAACAAACAACCCUAGGAUUCAGCUAUGCUGGAUCUGGACACAUCAAAGAAGCGUUUCAACUUAAAGCGUUAUAAAUUCAAACACAGAUUUAUAUGCGUUAUAUGUGCGAGGCAACAUUGUGCCACCAGAUGGCGACGCGGAGUCGCGUUUUUCUUUCCCUGUUUUCCCUGUUUAUAUUUACAAAGCUGAAACCAAAAUGCUUCUUUGAUGUGUCUAGCGAUCCAGCCUCACUCUUUGUUUCCCAAGCGUAUAACUUUCGUUUUGUAGGAAAACCCACAUUUCACAACCCUACCCACAUCUGAAGAGCUAAUUACAGUAAGUCUGGAAGCUUUCUUCAACAGACUCUCUUCAGAGGAAAUCUCCCUCUCUCUCCCCAUUGUUAAUGCUUCAGUUUUAUAGGUGGAUAAAUAUAUGUACAUCGUAGCUGAGAUCCCGAAACCUACCAUGAAACACACCUAAGAGCUUGGCUGUGCCGUGUUUUGUUUGAAUGCCGUGCCUAAGAGCCUAAGGAAAGCCCAGCUGCUGUAUCAGACCAGUGGCUCACCUGGUCCAGGGUCAUGCUCUCACAAGGCAAAACAAGAUGCCUGUGGGAAAUGCACAAGCAAGACCCAAGAACAUGAGCAUCUCUCUCCUCCUGCAGUGUUCAGAAGCAUCACUGCCCCAGUAGCAGAAGCAAAACCGAGCCAUUGUGACUUUGUUGUUGUUGUUUAGUCGUUUAGUUGUGUCCGACUCAUGACCCCCUGGACCACAGCACGCCAGGCCCUCCUGUCUUCCACUGCCUCUCGCGGUUUGGUCAAACUCAUGCUGGUAGCUUCGAGAACACUGUCCCACCAUCUCGUCCUCUGUUGUCCCCUUCUCCUUGUGCCCUCCAUCUUCCCAACAUCAGGGUCUUUUCCAGGGAGUCUUCUCUUCUCUUGAGGUGGCCAAAGUCUUGGAGCCUCAGCUUCACAAUCUGUCCUUCCAGUGAACACUCAGAGCUGAUUUACUUCAGAAUGGAGAAGUUGGAUCUUCUUGCAGUCCAUGGGACUCUCCAGAGUCUCCUCCAGCACCAUAAUUCAAAAGCAUCCAUUCUUCGGCGGUCAGCCUUCUUGAUGGUCCAGCUCUCACUUCCAUACAUCACUACUGGGAAAACCAUAGCUUGAACUAUAUGGACCUUUGCUGGCAAGGUGAUGUCUCUGCUUUUUAAUAUGCUGACUAGCAGCCACCAAUAGUCUUCUCCUGCAUGAAUUUGUCCAAUCCUCUCCAUAAAAGUCCUCCAAGUCAGUGGAGCAUGAAGCCAUAAACCAGGGGUCACCAAACUAAGGCCCACGGGCCAGAUAAGGUCCAAGGGAAUCAUUUAUCCAGCCCGCAGCACCCCCACCCCCCGCAGCCACGGUCCGCUCUUACCGGCGCUGCAUGACUGCCCACUUCUGGGUCGGAGGAGCACCGGAAAUAGCUUGUGUGCAUGCGCAAGCAUUAUUUCCAGUGCACAUCCAGGUCGGAGGAGGCCUGUGCACAUGCGCACAAGCCAUUUCUGGUGCUCCUCCAACCUGGAAGUGCGCUGGAAAUAGCGUGUGCGCACGCACUCCCGCUGUGCAAUCAGCACUGGAGAUACCGGCCCAAGGCACAGUAGUUUUGCUGACCCCUGCCAUAAACCAUGCCUUUCAAUGUGCAUUGCACCAGGAAGGUUUGGGGCAUCACAUGGCAGGAGAGAGUCUCAAACAAAGAUGUGUUCUCCCAAGCAUGUGCACAGUUCUGUCCUGAGGUGCCAACUUGAAUAUAAGUUCUGUCCUGGGUUGUGAAAUGAAAUACCAUGCAGAGGCUUCCCAGAGGCAUCUGUAAGGUGAAGAGCAUGGGUAGGCAAAAUAAGGCCCGGGGGCCAGAUCUGGCCCAAUAGCCUUCUAAAUCUGGUCCAUGGACUGUCCGGGAAUCAGCGUGUUUUUGCAUGAGUAGAAUGUGCCCUUUGAUUUAAAAUGCAUCUCUGGGUUAUUUGUGGGGCAUAGGAAUCCGUUCAUUUUUUCUUCUUCUGCAAAAUAUAGUCCGGCCCACCACAUGCUCUGAGGGACAGUGGACCGGCCCCCUGGUGGAAAAGUUUGCUGAUCCCUGGUGAAGAGUGUCUUUCAUGCCUUCAACAGUCAUGGCUUCCCACAAAGAAUCAUGGGAGGUGUAAUUUCUUAAGGGUGCUGGGACUUGUUAAGAGGAGACCCUCCUCUUCCUCUCACAGGGCUACAAGUCUCAGAGUUUCUGGGACUGACUGAUCAACAGCUUUGGGAAUUGUCGCUCUGUGAAGAGGGUAGGGGGUUUCCUAACAACUCUCAGCAGCCUCCCUCAUAAGAAGUCCUGAACAUGGUCUGAACAUCUCACUGCUCUUUUUGUUUUUGCAUUUGAAGGGGCAACAGAGAGUUGGCGUUGAAGCCUGCGUGUCUUGAAUUGCACAUCUUGUGGGAGCUAAUAAACCGUAGCCCAAGUUCACUCGAGCAUCAGUUCAUUAUUCCAGGGUGUGCUUGCAAAGGACUCUCCUCUCUUCCCCACAAUGUCUAAAGAAAAUGCACGUUGAAUGCAGUCUGCUAAGUCUACAAAGCAAGAAAGUUCAAAAGCUAAUAAGCACAUACAAACAUUGAGGUGACAAGGUGGGGGGGCGCGACAACGAGAUACUCCUGGCUGCAAAGCCUUCAACAAUCCUGGGCCUAUAAUUACCCUGAAAGUUGCUCAACGAAGGUGUUUUGUAAAGACGCAGCUGUCCAUGGCAAGAGUAUAAAAGUGUCCAAGAAUCAAGGCAUUUGCUAAACACAUUUUCUUGGCUUCUCUCGUUUUGCAUUCUGAGGAAGACUUGGGUGAGUCCAGCUUGACUAAAUCUGCCUUUAAAACCCUAGGAGUGUUGGCUUGAGCUAUUUGAUUUUUCAGCUGAGCAUUACGGGGAGAGAGAGAGGGAGAGAGAGAGAGAGAGAGACUUAGGAAGCUGUCUUGUACUGAGUCACACCAUCGAUCUAUGAUACAAUAAUACAACACACAAUAAUAGUAAUUUGUUUAUACCGCCCAUCUGGCUAGGCUCGAGCCACUUCUAGGCGGCUUCCAGAGCAUGUAGAAUACUAUAAUAUAUUGAACAUUAAAGCUUCCCUAAACAGGGCUGCCUUCAGAUGUCUUCUAAAAGCCUGGUAGUUGUUGUUCUCUUUGACAUCUGAUGGGAGGGUGUUCCACAGGGAAGGCGCCACUACCGAGAAGGCCCUCUGCCUGGUUCCCUGUAACUUGGCUUCUCACAAUGAGAGAACCGCCAGAAGACCCUCGGCGCUGGACCUCAGUGUCCGGGCAGAACGAUGCGGGUGGAGACCCUCCUUCAGGUAUACUGGACCGAGGCUGUUUAGGGCUUUCAAGGUCAGCACCAACACUUUGAAUUGUGCUCGGAAACGUACUGGGAGCCAAUGUAGGUCUUUCAAGACCAGUGUUAUGUGGUCUCGGCGGCCGCUCCCAGUCACCAGUCUAGCUGCCGCAUUCUGGAUUAGUUGUAGCUUCCGGGUCACCUUCCAAGGUAGCCCCACGUAGAACGCAUUGCAGUAGUCCAAGUGGGAGAUAACCAGAGCAUGCACCACUCUGGCGAGGCAGAGUUUUGUCUACAUGGACAGGCAGUGGCUCUUCAGGGAUUCAGCCAGGGAAUAUAUCCCAGUAGAAAAAAGACAGUCGCGGAACCGAGAAAUUGCACAAAACAAAUGAAAUACUGUGAAAAUCCCUGAAACGAGAAGUAAUCAACUAGAAAUAUUAUCUUGUUGAAAUAAUCUAAAUAAUAAAAAUCAAAAAGUUUAAGGAAAAAAUUAGAAAAACCUAAAAUUGAACAGUCUUUAACAUCAGCAGUAACAUCUAGACCAUGGGAGCGUCUCAGCCCUGUUCUUGAGUUUGUUUAAAAUCUAAAACAGCUUAUCUUGUAUUCCUUUCUUUGAAUUUGUGCCAUUUAGGUUUUUCAAACCUUUUUGUAAAGGCAACACUAGAAUUUUCACAGCUGACUCCUCAACUCUUUAUUACUGUGCUUUGCUUCCUUUAAGUUGGGCUUUGUCUAAAACUUGCCAUUUAGGUUUUCAAACCCUUUUUUUGUAAAUUCAGUAUUAGAAACUGUACCUUUGAGUCCUCAAUCCUUUAUUACUGCGCUUUGCUUCACCUAGGUCGAGCCAGGAUUAUAAUACUUCAGAAUUUUUGGGAGUUCUGCCCCCCUUUCUUGAAUUUUGGUCAUUUAAGGUUUAUGAUUUUUCUAUUUCCUUCUGAAGAAACUGAAUAGUUCAGUGAAACGAAGUUUGUAGCCGGCAUCCCAUUAAGGCUUUCUUCAAUUUUAGGUUUUUCUAAUUUUUUUGAUUCUUAUUAUUUAGUUUAUUUCCACAAGAUAAUAUUUCUAGUCGAUUACUUCUCGUUUCAGGGAUUUUCAGGGAAUAUAUCCCAGCUGAACCUGCAGAUGCUAUUGGAGGUUGAGGCUGGGGCCUUCUGGAAGCAAGGCAGCCACUCUGCCACUGACCUUUUCCUUAAAGAUAAUAAUGGCAAGGUUGUAGUCCUUAUGUUUCCGAUUAAAGAGGCAAUUUAAACAAGGAGUUGGGAAGCGACUUCUUAGCAAACCCAAUCAAAAUAACUUUAUUGUGCUAGCCAUUGGCCAUGACAAAUCCGAAUAAAUCCUGUAUACCUGAAGGAGCGUCUCCACCCCCAUUGUUCAGCCCGGACACUGAGAUCCAGUGCCAAGGGCCUUCUGGUGGUUCCCUCAUUGCGAGAAGCAAAGCUACAGGGAACCAGGCAGAGGGCCUUCUCGGUGGUGGCACCCACCCUGUGGAACGCCCUCCCUUCAGGUGUGAAGGAAAUAAGCAGCUAUCUUCUUUUAGAAUGAGACACCUGAAGGCAGCCCUGUUUCGGAAGUCUUUAAUGUCUGAUGCUGUAUUGUUUGAAGCACCUGAUUGGCUGGGAAACUCAGCUAGAUGUGCAGGUAUAAAUAAAUUAUGUUAUUAUGUGUUAUUAUGUAUUAUUACUGUGAUUAUUAUGUUAUUAUUAUUAUUAUUAUUAUUAUUAUUAUUAUUAAAAACAAAUACAAGUAAAGGGCUGCUGUGCCUCAAAUCAUAUUCUCUGCUUAGAUCUCUCUGUCUCCCUUACAGUUCAAUGCUAUAAUGUCCAGGGUCUUCUUUCUCAUCUUUUGGGCCGCCAGAGCAAAAAGAGCAACUUUAUGAGGCACUGAGAUGUUUACAUCGCCAAGAAGCCAUAGGGCCUUCUCUGGUUUGGCGAGCAGUCGUAACAAACCAGAACAUUGGUCCUGCAAGCUCAGGGGGAAUCUACACAAAUAUUUUAAAAAGCUGUUGGAAUGUUUUGUUUUGCUUUGCUUUAUAAAAAAAAUAUUCAUUUUUCUUUUUCAUUCAUUACAUACAUAUCAGAGUCUUAACUUUUAUUAUGUACAGAGGUACCUCGGGUUAAGUACUUAAUUCGUUCCGGAGGUCCGUUCUUAACCUGAAACUGUUCUUAACCUGAAGCACCACUUUAGCUAAUGGGGCCUCCCGCCGUCACUGCACAAUUUCUGUUCUCAUCCUGAGCAAGUUCUUAUCCGAGGUAAUAUUUCUGGGUUAGCGGAGUCUGUAACCUGAAGCGUCUGUAACCUGAAGCGUAUGUAACCCGAGGUACCACUGUAUUCCUCCCUCCCUCCCCUCCAGGGCUUCCCCAAACUUCCGCUUCUGGUUUGUUUCUCCUUUCACCCACUUUGCUAUCUCUCAACAGAAAAAGUUAUUAAUAACAUAACAUCCAACCUAAAAACAUAAAAGUAAAAAUAAAUACACCAUCAUAUUUCUCUAUCUUCUGAACAUUUUCUAAUACUAACAGUGUGAAUGUUUAUUUAAUUCCUGCCAUCAAGUCUAUCGACUUUCUUUGUUUCUGCAAGUAUAAUAUAAACGGUUCCCAUUCUUCUUCAAAGUCGCUGUUGUCCUUUUCUUAGUCUGUCUGUCAUUUUUGCCAGUUCUGCAUAGUUCAUCAACUUCUCUUGCCAUUGUUCUUUACUUGAUAUUUGUUUUAUUUUUUAAACAUUUUGAAAACUAUAUGGAAUUUACCAUAGCUCACUGCCGCCAUCUAGUGUCAAAUUUGUAUAUUGCACUUUACAACACAAUUAAAACAUUUUAUUUGCAGAUGUACAGCUGAGUCCUCAGUAUUGUCUAUAUUUUAUUCAAGUUGGCACUAGCACCCCUGGUCCAAGUGAAUUAAGGACACGUUUGUCCCGACCUGUCUGCCCCAUUUCCCUCUGAUUCUUUUCACACCUGUCUCUUAUUAUGCUUCUCUCUGUGUAUGUCUCUUUCUCUGUCUCUCUCUGCCUGCCUCACAUCACAUUCCCUGCAUUAGAUUUGUCUCUGCUUUGUCUGUUCCAGGCCUUUCUUUGCUCUCCCAGGGAUGAGUAA